AUGGAAUUCGCGGAUCACAAUGGCAAAUCACGAAGUAUUUCUGAUCAAAAGAUAUCAUCAACCAAGUGCCUAGAGUCCGUCGAUUAUACUAAUGAUCAAAACUACCAUCAACAAUCACUGGCUUCCGCCUAUUUUCCUCAAAUGUCUCUUUGA